AUGGCUUCCCCCCAGGAAUUCCAGACCUUCGUCUUCCUCGACCUCGAAACCACCGGCUUGCCCCCCGACCGGCCCUGCAUGGCCGAGCUGAGCCUGGUCGCCGUCCACCGCCGCUCCCUGCAGUGCCCCACCCUGGAUUUGUCCCGGUCCCCGCAGCCUCCCCGCAUCUUGGACAAGCUCACCCUCUGCGUCGACCCUCAGAAGCCCUUCACCGCCAAAGCGGAGGAGAUCACCGGCCUGAGCAACCGGACGCUGGAGGAGGACUGCAAGCCGGGUUUUGACAGUGCCGCGGCAGAGGCCAUGAGGGCCUUCCUGGACCGGCAGGCCGGCCCCGUCUGCCUGGUGGCCCACAACGGCCUGUGCUUUGACUUCCCUCUCCUGCGGACCGAGCUCUGGCGGGUGAACGCCGACCUGCCCCCGGACACCGGCUGCUUGGACACGCUGCCCGCCUUGAAGGACCUGGACCAGGCUGCCAGCAAGAGCUACCGGCUGGGAGAGGUCUUCCGACGCUUCUAUGAGCGGGAUCCGGUCGGGGCCCACUCGGCCGAAGGGGACGCCCUCACCCUUCUCUUGGUCUUCCUCGCCCGAGCCCCCGAACUGAUGGACUGGGCAGCGGUCAACGCCCGGAGCUGGGGGGAGAUCAAGCCCAUGUACUCUCCCCAGUCCAAUCGGUUGUAG